CACUUGCAAGAUAAAGCUAGAUACAAGUAUGUUGCACUCUUCCUUCAUCUACGUCUUGCCUUUCAUCUUCUCUGCACUAAUAUUCUUCCUUACCAAAUGGAUCUUUCCUUCUUCAAUCAUCCGAAAACAUCUACCACCAUCACCAAUGAAGCUUCCAAUUCUUGGAAACCUCCACCAAAUAGGCCUUUACCCUCACCGCUCCCUCCACUCACUAGCUCAACGCUAUGGCCCUUUCAUGCUUCUUCAUUUUGGCAGAAAGCCGUUUCUCAUCAUCUCAUCAGCGGCUGCUGCUCGUGAGAUCAUGAAAACACACGAUCUCAUUUUUUCAAACAGACCAAAAUCCAGUAUAGGUGAUAGGCUUCUCUAUGGUUGUAAGGAUGUGGCAGCCGCUCCUUACGGUGAGUAUUGGAGACAGAUGAGAAGCAUUUGUGUGCUCCAACUUUUAAGUAAUACGAGAGUUAAUUCAUUUAGAACUGUCAGAGAAGAAGAAAUAGCAUUCCUUAUAAAAAAGAUUGCAAGUUCUGCAUCAUUUUCAUUGCCAUUGAAUUUGAGCGAAAUGUUCUCUUUGCUCACGAAUGAUGUGAUUUGUCGGGCAGCUUUCAGGAGGAAGUAUAGCGGAGGUGAAAGUGGGAGAAAGUUUAAGAAGAUGUUAGGGGAGCUUACGGAGCUAUUAGGUGGCUUCAAUGUGGGGGACUUUAUCCCAUGGCUGAGUUGGGUAAAUCUUUUCAAUGGCGUAGAUGCUAAAGUGGAGAAAGUUGCAAAAGAGUUUGAUGAGUUCCUGGAUGAAGUAGUUGAAGAACACUUACGGGAGAGUGGUAGCUAUUUAAGUGAAGGCGAAAAGGAUUUUGUGGAUGUUUUGCUUGAGAUUCAGAGAGAUAAAACGGAUGGCUUCUCUAUUGAUAGAGUUGGCAUCAAAGCUCUCAUCUUGGAUAUAUUUGCGGGCGGAACUGACACUACUUACACGGUCUUAGAAUGGGCAAUGACAGAGCUUUUGCGGAAACCCGGAGUCAUGAAGGUAUUGCAGAAUGAAGUGAGAGGAAUCGUGAAUGGGAAAGAGAUAAUAAAAAAAGAAGAUUUAGAUAAAAUGCAUUACUUGAAAGCGGUACUCAAAGAGACUCUUCGUUUGCAUCCUCCAAUUCCUUUACUAGUUCCCCGAGAAUCAACCAAAGACGUCAAAAUUAAGAACUAUGACAUAUCGGCUGGAACAACAGUAAUCACUAAUGCUUGGGCAAUCGGAAGGGACCCCAAUAUAUGGGAUAAACCUGAAGAGUUCAGACCAGAGAGGUUCUUGAACAAUUCUAUAGACUUUAAAGGACAUGACUUUGAAUUGAUACCAUUUGGUGCAGGGAGGAGGGGUUGCCCUGGUGUCUUAUUUGCAAUGAGCACUAAUGAAAUUGUGUUAGCAAAUCUUGUUAACAAGUUUGAUUGGUCAUUGCCCUUUGGAGCAAGAGUGGAGGAUUUGGACAUGACAGAGUGCACCGGUCUUACUAUCCAUAGGAAAGUUCCUCUUUUGGCUGUCGCAACUCCAACUUCUUGUUAGAACUAUCAGCAUUCCCUAUUCCUCUCUAUCUGCUGUAUCUCGGUUUACUUGUAGUAAUUUGAACAGGUGUACGAGUGGUAAUAUUCCUAUUAUGCUUUUUA